AUGUCCUACCAGGCUUGCCUGUUCUGGUUGCUCUUUUAUUCCUCCAUGGGAUGGACUGCAUCACAAGACUGGGGAAUGCCAUCAUGUGCAAAAAAGGGGGUUUGGAUCAAUCGUUCACAUCAGCACUUGAAAGAAAUCCCAAAAGACCUGCCAGAGUCCACACAGUACUUGGAUCUUUCUUACAACAAUCUGACAAGCCUUAAUGAUGUGGACUUGCAGCUACUUCAAAACCUAUGCUUCCUACGAUUGUCUAACAACAGGAUUCGGUUUGUCUCUGAAGCUUGCUUUCAAAUGAAUUCAAACCUGGAGAUUUUAGAUCUCUCUCACAAUCUAUUGGAGACAAUCCCAUACUUGCCAUUGAGAUACGUUUUGGGUUUGAGGGUCCUUGACAUCUCAGGCAAUCUGUACAGAAGCUACAGCUUGGGAAAUACUUUUGCAACGCUGCAGAAAAUGACUGUUCUGAAUUUGGGAAGUCCCCAUGCACCAUGUAUUAACAAGAAAGACUUUACUUCAUUGCACAAUGUAACACUGAAAGUUGUAAAAUUUAGCAAUGGGGUGAACCUACAAAAAUACGAAGCAGGUUCUUUGGUACAGCUCCAAAUGCUGGAAGAGCUGUCCAUAAACAUGUCCUUUUGUGGCAAAGUUCCAAUGCUGACUGCCAUGCUGAGGGAUUUGAAUCAGACCAAGGUUAGAAACAUCACACUUGGCUACUUCUCCUCAAAGGAUUGUAACCAAUCCAUUGAUCCAUUCCGAGGGCUCUCAGACAUUAAUACUUUGGAAAAACUCACCUUCACCCAUAGCUGGAUAAGCAGCUCAUUAAUUACUUACAUUCUUCCCAAGUUAGGUCAGUCAAAUAUUCAAGUUCUUGUUUUUCAAAACAUAACAUAUGACGACAACACUGGGGGUAUUUAUUUUAAUGGAGUGAAUGGGAGUACCCGUAUCAGCCUGAUGAAGUCUGUUAUUUUUGAUGGUGUAACCCACUACCAAUAUAAUUAUCCUUUGAUUUAUAUCAAUUUGACUCUUUUCCUGCACAUCGCUUACGUGAAGUUCUCUCAUAGUGGAAUGAAUAUUUCUCCCUGCAACCUGCUGCCUGAUAUUAUCUCUUUGGAAGUUCUGGAUGUGUCCAAUAACCUCCUGGAUGACACUGGUUUCUGGAGAUCCAGAUGUAACUAUACCAAUGUCUUCCCCAGCCUGCAGAAACUCAACCUGAGUCACAACCAAUUCAAAAACCUCGGUUUCAUUUCUAGCAAACUGCAUCAGAUGAAAGUGCUGGACACUGUGGAUCUGAGCUUUAAUAGUAUUGAUAACCCAGAUACCUGCUCGUGGCCUGCAAAAAUGACCACUUUGAUCCUCAGUCACAAUCCUCUGGGGAACACGGUCUUCAAUUGCCUGUCCAAAUACUUCCUGGUGCUCGACCUCUCCUACACACAGAUAGAUGCUUUGUCCAGUGAUGCCUUAUCUCGAUUGCCACGUCUAACAAAGCUCUACCUGACUGGUAACUUUAUCAAGCAGUUACCCUCACACCUGGAAGCUGCUCAUCUUCACACAUUGUACAUCAACUUCAACUCCAUAAAUAUAAUUUCCCAAAACAUGUUGCAAGGCCUUCCACAGCUCCGUCAACUGAAUGCAGGGAACAAUACCUUAUACUGCACUUGUGAUAUGUACUGGUUCACAGCCAAAUUUGACAAGAACCUGUUGGUAGAAUGGCCAGAUUCAUAUACCUGCAACUAUCCAUCUAACUGGGCGGGCAAAACCCUGGCUACCUACAAUCCCAAUAUCAUUAUAUGCAACCAACUGUUUCAGGCACUGAUCGGAGUGGGCACUGGAGUGUUCAUGUGCAUUGUUCUAGCUCUUCUAUGCUAUUGCUGUGACGCUGUGUGGUACUUCAGAAUGUUAUGCAUGUGGAUCCAUGUCAAAAGAUCCCAAAGUCGCAAAUCCGGUGAAAUGGAGACCCCGAUUUAUCAGUUUGAUGCAUUUAUAUCAUAUAGUGAAGAAGAUUCUGUGUGGGUAACUGACCACCUACUCGUUACACUGGAAAAUGCAGCCUUCCGUAUAUGCAUACAUAAGAGAGACUUCACUCCUGGACAGCUGGUCAUAGAGAACAUCAUCAACUGCAUUGAGAACAGUUACAAGACCAUUUUUGUGCUUUCGAAGCAGUUUGUGAAAAGUGAAUGGUGCCACUAUGAGCUCUACUUUGCCCAGCACAGAUCUCUAAAUAUCCAGCAGGACUCCAUCAUUUUCGUCCUCCUCGAACCCAUUCCUUCAAAUUCAGUUCCCAGAAAGUUUGUCAAACUCCGGAAACUCCUGAACAGAAAGACCUACUUGGAAUGGCCACAAGAGGCCCAGAAGCAGCAGAUCUUCUGGUCGAAUCUUAAAGGGAUUUUGGAAACUGGAAACAAAUCUAUAGUUGCUUAACGUCAAUCCUCGUCCUCAGUACUCGUGAUCAAAGGGUCAUCCCCUGCUUCGGAGCUUCAGCCAGCAUAUCUUAUACAACUUUAUCAGCAGUCUUAAAACUCUACAUUUAGCAAUUUACAAUCGGAAAUUAAUUGUGUUUUGGCAAGAAAUGUGUUUAUGUAAGACGCAACUAAGUCAGAGAGGAUGAGAUUUUAUUGAUUAAAAUGUGUGCAGUUGAUAAAAGCACCAACUGAUGCAGCACU